AUCGGUUUGUCUGAUCCUGUAAUUUAUAUCCUAGAGAUCAGCCGAUCAAUAAGAUAGUUUUUGGGGAACCUGAAAUAUUUCCUGGCACAAGAGGCUGACUCUGUGGACUUACAAUAUUGCACCGAAUCCUGUAGCAAGCUUUGAAUCUGCGUGCGAAAUGGGAAGAAGGGAUACUAGUUGCCAAAUCGGCAAACGCGCCCAUCAAAAUUGGGCAACCAUCGUCGUCUCCAUUGCGGGCGGCCGUCGUCUCAGCUUCCUUCCACACCAGUCUCGUUCGGACCGACAGUGAUGUCUCCGUGCUUCUCCUCCUCCCCCUUGCCUCCUGCUGCUGCUGCGCUCACACCCACCUAACCGGCUGGCCUGCUCCCAGCCGAGGUCACCAGUCCUCUCCUCCUACUUACCCUACCACACCACACCAAAUCCAAAUCCAAAUCCAAUCCAAUCCGAUCCCUUCUCUUCUUCUCUUCCUCCCCGGCUGGGUACGAUCCGAUAGCCUCCGGGACAGGACGCGAUGCCCAAGCCCAACCGGCGGCGCAAGCGCGGCGCCGCCGACGAGGACGCCGCCGAUGGCAACAGCAGCAGCAACAACAAGAGGCUCGUCGCCAGCGUCCUCACCUCCCUGGACGUCAACGACGACCCACGCCUCUUCCAGCUCAGCGGCGCCCGGCGCCACUCGGUGGAGGUGGAGGAGGACGAGGACGAGGACGAGGAGGUGACUGGAGGAGGGUCGACCGCGGCGGCGCCCAGCGGUCAAAGCCCGCACCAGCAGCGCCGGCUGUGGGUCAAGGACCGGUCGCGCGCCUGGUGGGAGCAGUGCAGCAGCGCCGACUACCCGGAGGCCGACUUCCGCGCCGCCUUCCGCAUGGGCCGCGCCACCUUCGCCAUGCUCUGCGACGCGCUCGGCGCCGCAGUCGCUAAGGAGGACACCGCGCUCCGCGCCGCCAUCCCCGUCCGCCAGCGGGUCGCCGUCUGCGUCUGGCGCCUCGCCACGGGGGAGCCGCUCCGCCUCGUCUCCAAGCGCUUCGGCCUCGGCAUCUCCACCUGCCACAAGCUCGUCCUCGAAGUCUGCGCCGCCAUCCGCAACCUCCUCAUGCCGCGCUUCCUCCGCUGGCCCGACACCGACGCCGCCGCGGACUUCAAGGCCCGCUUCGAGGCAGACUCCGCCAUCCCCGGCGUCGUCGGUGCCAUCUACACCACGCACAUCCCCAUCAUCGCUCCCAAGGUCUCCGUCGCCGCAUACUUCAACCGCCGCCACACGGAGCGCAACCACAAGAGCUCCUACUCCAUCACCCUCCAGGGGGUCGUCGGCCCCGACGGCGCCUUCACCGACGUCUGCAUCGGCUGGCCGGGCUCCAUGCCCGACGACCAGGUCCUCGACCGGUCCGCGCUGCAGCAGCGCGCCGCCGCCGGCAUGAUGGCCGGUUCCUGGAUCGUCGGCGGCGCCAGCUUCCCGCUCACCGACUGGGUGCUCGCCCCCUACGCGCAGCCGAACCUCACGUGGGCGCAGCACGCCUUCAACGAGAAGGUCGCGGAGCUCCGGGGCGUCGGCGUGGAAGCCUUCGCGCGGCUCAAGGGGCGGUGGGCGUGCCUGCAGAAGCGCACCGAGGUGAAGCUGCAGGAGCUCCCCGUGGUGCUCGGCGCCUGCUGCGUGCUGCACAACAUCUGCGAGUCUCGCGGGGAGGUGAUGGACCCGGGCCUACGGUGCGAGCUCGGCGACGACGAGACGGUGCCGGAGAACCCGGUGCGGUCCGAGAGCGCCAGCAAGGCCAGGGACGACAUCGCCCACAACCUCCUCCACAGCGGCCUCGCCGGCACCAAAUUCUUCUGAAUUCCGAUUGAUGCGUCACUGCAUCCAUUCCUGCAGAUAAUUAUGUCCUCAAUUCGUCGGUGCGAUCGACUCGCUGCUCUAUAAUUAUGUUCAUUUCCAUUGGAUCAAACAGGAUUCUUUAGUUGGGGAGAUCAUCCUCGGAUUUUUGGCAGGAUUAGUUUAGGUGCCCAACGAAGAGGAAACACAUGUGAUUUGUGAUUUGCUUGCUGGUGUAGCUUCUGAGUGGAUUGAUGUUCAAGUUGGGUUCUUGAAAAUAAUUUCUGUGGCUGGAGUGCUUUCCGUGCUC